AUGGAUCAGGCUGGCAAAGACAAGGUGCUUUCAUAUAUAUCAAGAAAUCUUGACGUUAUUCCUUUCAAGACACUGAAACGAGAUGAACCGGAGCUCAGCAGUGAAGCCAAAGUCCAGAAAAUGGCACAAAUACUGGAUACCGAUCCCGGCCUCUUUCUAACGAAAUGGGGACGCUAUCUGUCACAAAACACAUUGGCUUCAUUUCAGCCUCUAAAAGACGAUUACGAGGUGGGCUUUCAUUUACAACGAUUGUUGCAUGCCGAUGGCGACAGUCCUGAUGCUUCGACUUCAUCCAUGGAAGUCACUGGUUCAUUGGGCCAUCGACAACCGAGGAAACCAAAGUCAGCGUUACAUACUGUGGUGCAUAACCGACGCUUCGAAUACUUGAAACGGCAUUUGCGUAACAGUUCUUAUUUUUCGGAUGAAACAAUGCAAUUGCGAGAUCCAGUGCUGUACGAACACUAUAUUGGACAAUAUAUUCCUGAUCAGGAAAAAGAAGCUCCAUUUGCAAACGACAUUACCCUUGUACAAAGAAUUCUGAGCAAUAUCGAUCGAGAUUAUGCCGAUAAGCAGGUACAAUAUCAGCGAGGUCUGGAAGAAGAGCAGUUUGAAGAGGAAGAAGAAGAAGACGACGACGACGAAGAAGACGAAGAAGACGAAAACGAAAAAUAUCAAGAGCACGGGAAUAAAGGGUUGCGGGGAGCCAAUGAUGGAGACGACGAUGUCAUGAUGAAGGAGGCUGAUUUAUUGGACAUUCUACCCAGUCAACAAAAUCAGCCAAUCAUGCCAACCGAAGAAGAACUUCAAUUUCGUGAUGAGCAACGAUUAGAAUUUAUUCGAUUAAUGGAAGAACGAUUUUUGGCUGGCAAAGAUACCAACUUUGAUUACGCGUCGGUGGAUUAUAACGAGAUAUACGAUGAUUUGGAGCAAGAGACACAAGAUGCUCAAGAUCGGUAUUUUCAAGAGGACGAAGAAGAAGGCGAAGGGGGAUCCGUUCGGGUCUUACAUGAUGAGACACGACCAUCUGUGUAUACUGGAGAACUCGAUUAUUAG